AUGGAGAAAGAAAUAAAACCCGAAGAACUAAUUCCAUUAGUUCACGAAAGAGCAGUCCUUUGGGAUAAAACUAUAAAUGACUACAAAAAUAAUAAUCUGAAACUAUUGGCCUGGCGCGAAAUUUGUACCAUACUAAUACCUAAUUUUGAAAACAUGGAAGAAAAAGAAAGACAACAUUUCGUGACGCAGUGCCAGGAUCGUUGGAAGAAACUGCGAGAUAACUUCAGAAAAGCCUAUUAUAACCGAAAAGGCAAGAGUGGCGAUGGUGCAACUACGUCCAAAUUGAUAAAAUUUGAAAAAGAACUUUCUUUUAUAAUACCAUUUUUUCGCAAUCGAAACCAAAUAUCUAAUGUAACAUUAUUAUCGGAUGAUUCAGAGCCUGGCACACCAAUACCACCACCAUCGACAUCAUCUAAACGUUCUGACCAUUCUGAAGUUGAAUCGCUUGCAAGUACUUCUGGCUCGAAAAAGAGACCACGCUUAAGCAAAGAUGUUGCUACGGUUUUCGAAGAGUAUCUUGAAGAAAAAAGAAAUACUACACCCCGUGACAAGGCAUUACGUAAUUUUUUUUUGUCUAUGUCAGAUACAGUGGAAACAUUCCCAAAAGAAGUCCAAGCACGAAUUAAAAGGCGCGUGUUUAACAUUGUUAAUGAAGCUGAAUUAAGUCUGUAUGAAAAUAGUACAGAUUUGAAUUAUUCUUUGUCUAUAAAUUCACCGCCAUCGACUAAUCAAUCUACUUACCUAGUGUCAAACGAAACCUAUAUUCCUCAAAACUAUCCAGAUCAGACUACUUACGGGUACAAUACCAGCACACAAAAUACAAAAUAA